UGUAUAAAAGUGCCGAGCUGAAGCUGAGAAAUCAGUCUCGUCUGAGUACUCGCCAACUCCAAGGGAGAGAGCUUCAACGAACCCAUCAUGGGGGACUCAAAGCUCUGCCUUUUGCUGCUCCUCAGCACAUCUGCCUUGGCUUUUGCCCAAGAUGAUGAUCAGCCAACCUGCCUGCUGGCUAAAAGGUACAAAACUCUGCACAAGUAUGAAUACCAGUAUGAAGCUGAAUCUCUGAAUGCCAUCAACGGAGCCUCACAGCUCAAGAAUGGACCCAAGGCCUCUUGCACGGUUGAAAUUGAAGUACCUCAGACUUGUAGUUUCAUCAUCCGCACCACUGGCUGUCGCCUGAGUGAGGUGGUCGACAUGGACGCAGAGGGCAACCCUGUGUUCGGUCCUGCACCAAGCUCUGAUGCCUUUGCUGCUGAAAUGGAAAGAUAUCUUCUGAAGGUUGUGGUUGAGGGUGUGCACGAUGUGAAACUGUACCCUGAGGAUGGUGAGACAACAACCAUCCUGAAUUUCAAGAGGGGUAUCAUCUCUGCCCUGGCUGUGCCUCUGCUGGAAGAAGACAAGAACAAAAACAUGCCCACUAUCCACGGCAAGUGCAAGACCUAUUACACUGUCAACGCUAGAGAGGACAUUGCAACUGACAUCAGCCUCAACAGGGAUCUGUCCAGAUGUGACAAAUUUAUCCCCAUGAGAGAUCACACCAGCCCCCUGGCACUUGUCUCUGGCAUGCACUACCCUCUUGCCCAGCUGGUCAGAAGCUCACAGACCUGCAACUACAAGUUUGACAAUGAGAAGAAACACAUGACCUCUGGUUCCUGCACUGAGAACCACAUCCUCAUUCCUUUCUCUCACAAGGGAGAAUAUGGAGUUACAAAUGUCGGAAAGCAACAACUGACUCUGGUUCAGGUUUCUCCUCACAAUGAUAGAAUCUUUGACCAUGGUGACAUUGUCAAGGGUCUUCACAUGGAGGCUGUUGAGGACAAGAGUGUUGUCCAGGAUAAGGAUGCAGGUCUGAAUCUCCUGAGAGAACUGGCCAAUCUGCCUGAGUCGGAGGGUGAGAGGAGGGCCCACAUCUUCCACAAGCUUGUCACCAUGGUCCGUGGAAUGAAGACUGAGACCCUGAGUCCCGCCAUUCCUGAGGCUCUCGCUGUGUCCCGUGUCCUGACCUACCAGGUUCUGGCCCAGUGUGGAACCCCUGAGUGCAGCAGUGCCAUCAUGCAGAUCCUCCGGACAUUUGACACCUCUUCACUUGAGGUUGAUGCUGGUGUUUUUGCUGUGGGACUCAUCUCUAAUCCCUCCGCCCUCCUGAUCAAUGACAUGCUUGAGAUGGCCAAAUACAAACCGAGCAAGCCCAUCAUGUAUGCCUUGAGCAAUGCUGUCAAGAGGUUUUACAAAGCUGAAGGAAAACUGAUCCCUGAGAUUCACUCUGUUGCUGAGUUCAUGGCUUCCCAGUUGGGUGACUGUUCUGGUGACAAGGACAACACUUUCAUGACACUUAGAGUCAUUGGAAACAUGGCUCCAGCUGUGGUAACUGCUAGUCCUGCACUCAGAGCUGCUGUGAUCCAGUGUGUAAACCAACCUGCAGCUUCCCCAGCUGUGCAGCAGGCUGCCAUUCAAGUGUAUAGGCUGACUCCUGUACCUGAGGAGGGCAGAGAGGUUCUCAUGCAGGUGGUUUUAGACAGUACCAGCCCUAUGCAAAAGCGUAUUGCUGCAUAUCUGGUACUUAUGAAGGACCCCCAGCCCACUGAACUGGUCCAGCUGGCUGAUGCCUUGCCCAAGGACCAGGACGAACAAGUCAGGAGCUUUGUGAACUCCCACAUCACCAACAUUUUGUCCUCAUCUGAGCCAGAGACUCAAGAAUUGAGACAGAGGAUUCAUGCUGCCAUGCAGGGUAAUGAGAUCAGACCCAUUAUGGACCCAACCAAGUUUUCCCGCAACUACAAGAUUGGAUCUGUGGAGGGUAACGUGAUCUUCGAGGGUACCAGCUACCUGCCCAAAGAGGUCAUGCUUGAAAUGACUCUGAAGGCAUUUGGCUAUGACAUUGACAUGAUGGAGAUUGGCUUGGAAGGCCAAGGAUUUGAGCCAACCAUUGACGCCCUGUUUGGAAAGAAUGGAUUCUUCCCCGACACUGCCCUGAAGACAAUGUACUUUGUCUCUGACAACUUGCCAUUCAGAAUCAAUGAGAUCCUGCAGAACAUGAUGCCUGCUCUGAAGAGGGACAGAAUGAAAAGACAGGCCUCCCAGAAUCUGAUGAGGGACAUUGGACGCAACCUCAACAAACUUGUGAGGGAACUGAAGACAGCACAGUCUCCUGAGGCGAUGGUUUAUCUGAGACUUCUGGGAAAUGAGCUGGGAUAUCUAAGGACUAAUGAAAUGGAGCAGGUGGCCUACUCUGCUGCCACAAUGAUUGACAGGAUGUUCAAGAUGUUCCCAACUGAUCUAAUGAAGGCACUCCUGACCAAGACUGACCACACAAUCUUUGCCCACUACAUCUUCAUGGACAAUGAAUUCUUCCUGCCUACUGUGACUGGUGUGCCUCUGAGGAUUUCACUGUCUGGUACUUUCACCCCUGGCAUCAAGGGUGAACUUAAGAUUGCACGUGACAUGAGCGAAGUUACCUUCAUGCCCUCUGCUGGCAUUGAGUUUGUAACUCAGGUUGGCUCCUACAUCCCUGAGUAUGUCAGCUCUGGAUUAGAGAUGCACACCAACAUUUUCCAUGAAAGUGGGGUCAGAGCUAAACUCUCCAUGGGACGUGACAAUGUCAAGCUGACCAUCCCUGCUCCAGUGAGUCCUACAAAGCUCAUCAAAAUGACAAACACCCUGGUAGCAGUGACUGGAUCAGAGGUGAAGACCAUCCCCCCUAUGGCUAUGGACCAGGUAGAUGUUAGUGAAUGCACUCCUGUCUUCGCUGGAAUGAAAUACUGCACUACUCUGCAGUACAUUGAUGCUUUCUCUCAGGAGACGGCCCCCUACUUCCCCUUCACUGGAGACAGCAAAUUUGCUGUGGAGCUCCACCCCACUGGUGAAGUCACUGAGUAUACAGCCACUGUUGCCUACGAGCUCCUCAGAGAGGGAGAAGAGGGUCGGCAGAAGGUUGACUCUGUGAAGUUUAUUCUGAGGGCUGAAGGUGCAGACCCAACUGAAGCCAGAGCAAUCAUGAAAUAUAACAGAAGGAAGAAUGUGAUCACAGCUGACAUCCAGAUCCCUGACUAUGAUGUGGAGGCUGGAAUCAGGAUGGGAGUUGUUGAUGGAAACACCAAGGGCAAGGGAACUCACUCCAUCUCUCUUGACUUCAUAAACAGGAACAUCCCUCAGCUCUCCCUGGUUGGCCGUGCCAAUCUGAAGGCCAUGAAGGAAGGUAUGCUGCAAGUCCAACUUCUUGUCCCCUCAGUCAGUGGUGACGCCACUGUCACAGCAAGCCUGAAGCGUGAUGAAGAGCUGGAACUGGAACUUAAGAGUGAAAUCAAGGUCAUGGAAGCCACCUCUGAGCAGAAAAUCGCAAUGAAAUAUGAUGCCAGCAAAAUUGAGGUUGAAUUCAAGUCUGAUGUAAACACUGACACCAGCAGCUUGCCAAAUUCUGAUAUUGUUGAGAAGUAUGGCAACGAACUUCUUGACAUGCAGGUGGGGCAGACUGACAUGAGGGUCCGUCACAUCUUCAAGAAGUUUGUGGAGGCAGCAAACAACUACAUGGAAAGGUAUGGUGCUGAUAUCCCUUACAUUCAGAACUUCAGAGUACCUGAUAUGCCCGAAAUUUCCCUGCCAAAGACACUGUUCAUGAAUACUGAGGCGAAGGCUGUCUACCACUUCAACAAUGAGCGCUUCAUCAUUGCCAUCCCUCUCCCUCUUGGAGGAAAGUCAACAGAAGAGCUUAACUUCCCACCAGCUUUGACCAUACCUCAUAUCUCUCUACCCCAAUUUGGACUGGAGAUUGUCUCCAUGGAGAUUCCCAUCCCAGAGCUUGCUGUACCCGAGAGCGUCACUCUGUCUAUUCCUCUUUUUGGCAAAGCUGAAGUUUCAACUCUAAUGAGAAGUAACCUAUACGACAUGGAAGCCUCAAUGGCUGCUGGCAAAGAUGUUGUGCAGACACCAAGCUACUCGACCAAGUUUGAAGUGAAAGGAACCUCCCCGCUUGACAUCCUCUCAAUAAAGAUUGAAGGAUCUGGAAUGUUGGCCACCACUGAUUCCAUUAAGGCCCAUUUGAAAAGCUCUUUGACCCAUAAAUUUGUUGAAGCCAGUAUUAGUAUUGUUGAAGAUGCAACGAUCACAGACAAACUCAGUGUGAGAUCAAGCAGCAAGUUUGAAGCCACAAGCCCACUUGGUCUCGAAGUUGCACUGGAGCACACUGCUAUGGGUGGACUCAACACUAAAGAAAUCUCUGCUGACAGCAACUUUGAGGGAACAUUCAAGGCUGGCCCCAUGUAUGGCAAGACCAUUUCAACACAGUCAUUCACUAUCUUCCCAUCCAUGCUGGAAGCAAAGAUUGAUUCCACUGUUGAGUUUGACUCCACCAUCCUUCAAGCCAAGAACACAAUUGCAGCAACCCUAGCCAAUAGUGAAUUCUCUGUUGUAUCUAACACCAAUGCCUUUGAAGACAUCUUCACCCAUGUUGCUGAGCUUUCCUUCAAAGACAGCAAGCUAUCACUGAAAUGCGAUGCAAAUGCCUUUGCCUUUGGAAUGAAGAUUCGCAACCAGGCUCAGGGCUCAGCUGGUGCUGGUGAGGUUGUCAUGAGAAUGGAGACAAAUGCAGACCACACUGAAAACCGUGUUUACUCUCUUCUUACUGCUUCUCUUGAUGUCACUGGUCUGGCUGUAAACAGUGAUGCCACUGUGAAGCUCCUUGAAAAUGAGAUUACUCACAAGGCUAUUCUGAGAAUGAAUAAAGAUGGUUUGACCACAAGUGGAACAACCACCCUCCAGAGCCCCUUAGCCAUGGAAAACACCUUCAGUGUUGGGCUUGAUGCUUCAAGGGCUACUCUGUCCAUUACCAACAAGGCUGCAAUGCGUGACAUCAAAGUUGAUAAUGCCAACACUAUGACCAUUACUCUCUCUAGCCUUGACUUUAACUCAAAGGCUGAGGCCACAGCAACUGAGUAUGCCUCUUAUAUUCAUGAUAUUACCGUUGCUCUGAAACCUUACACUGCCUCUGCAAAUGUGAACAACAACUUGAAAUUCCUGGCAGGCACCUUCAUUAAUGAGGCUCAGCUGCAGGCAGACUUGUACAAGAUGGACCUGACUGGAAACGUGAAAGUUACCUAUGGUGAAGAGGAGCUCAAGCACACCUAUCAGGUGUAUUAUGCUGAUAUGACCGCUAAUGCAAAGUGCAGCACCACUGGAAAACUCUUUGGAACUCACAUGAGCCACAACACAGAGCUUGACGUUGUUGGUCUUGCUGCCAGGAUCACCAAUGAUGCCCGUUUCAACUCACAGGCAAUGCGCUUUGACCACACCAUCCGUUGCAGUAUUGUGCCUUUUGAUUUCAACCUUGAUGCCAUUUUCAAUGCUGAUGGAGACAUGACUAUGUAUGGAAAGCACGUUGCACAGCUCUAUGGCAAGCUCCUCCUUAAAGCACAACCUCUGGCUUUUGCUAGCUCACAUGAAUGCAGAACAUCAGUAAACCAGCAGUUAGAUAAUGGGAUUUCCCUUGAGACCACAUUUGACAACAAGAUGGAUACUCUUCUGUCCCUCCACGAGCAGAAGACCAGUUUAAGGAUGAAGUCUAAAGUGAAUGGGCAUGCCUUUAAUCACGACAUGAGUGUUUACAACACUGCUGAAAGAACUGGAAUUGAGGUUUCUGGUGCCAUUCUCACAAACAUCUUUAACACAGACUCCACAGAGAACCAGGAAUUUACUGUCACUGGCUUUGUCAAGUAUGACAAGAACACAGACAGUCAUAUAAUUCAGUUCCCUCUCUUGGAAAAUGUACCUGCCGUCAUGGAAAUCAUCAAGGGCUUUGUGGUACAUGUUGCAGAAACACUACAAGACUACCUCAACAAUGAGGAGAUAUGGGCUAAACUAGAGGCUGUUCCCCAACAUGUAAGUGACUUUGUUUCUCAACUAAAUAUAGAGGGCAACCUAAUUCAUCUGAAGCAAUAUUUCAAUGAUUUUAGCCAAAAAUAUCUCAUCUCCUUGGAGGAUGUGGAAGCCUUUUUGAGAAAUCAGAAGGUUACUGUUGAGAAAUUGCUGGCUGAACUCGCUGUUUACAUACAAAAUUUUUCUGGUAUGAUGAAGGAGAUUAUUGUUAGUUGCACUCUGCCCGAAACCUUCAUUCAGAAGAUCCAGCAACAGCUGAAUGCUAUUAAUGAGGAGUAUGAUAUCAAGGCUAUGAUUGUGUAUGUGAUUGAUACCAUGAGGGAGAUGAUCCAGCAGACUGACUUGGAAAAAUUGAGGGGCAGCAGCAUCGCAUUCCUGCAUGACAUUGAUGCCAAGUAUGAAGUCAAGGCUACACUUCAGUCAGUUAUGAUGGACAUUAAAGAAAUAGUUGAGACCUUUGACAUGCAGGAAGCUAUUGCUGAGCUGAAGAGGUUCAUUUCAUCCAUGAACUUUAAAUUUUUCAUCAAGGAAUUGUUCAGUCACAUUCCUACACAGAUUUUCAGCGAUUUAACAAAUUAUAUUAUAGAAGUGAUUCAGGACUUUGACAUCGUUGGUCACAUCAACGCAUUCUAUGCCAAGAUGAGAGAGUUGAUUGUAAAGUUUGAGGCCGACAAAAAGGUCCAAGCAAUCUUAGAAAAUGUUGUGGAACUGAUCAAGAAGUUCAAAAUUGAGGAAACCAUCAGGACUGUAGCUAAGACGGUGAAGGAUGCAGACAUUCCUUCUAAAUUCAUGCAAGUCUUCCGGGAUGCUAUCAACUACUUGAAAACCACUGAGGUGAAGAAUAUUAUUCAAGAGCUGAAUACGUAUAUUGAAACUAUUGUGAUUAAGCUGAAGUCAUUGGACUACAAUGAGUUUGUGGAUUAUACCAACCAAGUCAUUGCUGAAUACACAUCUUAUGUGAAUGACCUGAUCAGGGCUCAUGAAAUCCCCCAGAAGCUGGAGGCAACAAGAGAUUUUAUCAACUUUGUCUUAUCCUCUGGUAGAGGCAUUACAGAACGCCUGAGAGAAAUCAAAGUGGCAGAAAUUCUUAAAUCUUUCAAGGAUAUCAUCGAUCAGCUUGUGUUUGAUAACCUUCGAAGAUUUGCUGAAUUUAUAAAACAAGAAAUUACAAAUUUUGAUGUCAAAGCUGAGAUUGCCUCGUAUCUGGACUUUGUGAGUGAAUCCUAUAACACAGCCAUAAGGAACAUCAGUUUAAUGUUCAGCUUUUUGGCUGAGUUGAUUGAAGACAUGGUACCUGAAAAGAAAAUCAUCAGCGAGAUUAAGCAAAUAAUUAAUGGUCUCCUUACUGAACUUGAGAAAGCUGAGUUGAACACACCAUCCUUCACCAUUCCUUUCACUGAUCUUGCUGUGCCCUCAGUCAAGUUCAGAAUGCAUGAGAUUGGCCAAUUUGAAAUCCCAUCACAGCUGAACAUCCCUGAGUUCACCAUCCUGGGCUUCCACACUGUGAAAGCCACCACAAUUUCCUAUGAUGACAUCAAGCAGAAAAUCUUUGAUCUAAUUGAUUUCAUUGUAAACUUUGAGAUCAAAAUAUUUGAUUUUGAUGCUUUCUUUGGAGACCUGACCUUGAGCUACCUUCCCUCCAUCCCUGAGAUAAGCUUCCCAGAAAUCACUCUUUCUGAGAUCUCAUUCCCCACAAUCCCUCAAGUUCCUGUAGAAAAGCUUGUUAAGUCUCUUCAGGUUCCUGAGAUCAAGCUGCCAACUAUUCCAAGUGAGAUCAUGAUCCCAUGCUUUGGUAAACUCUAUGGUGAAAUCAAAUUCCAAACUCCUAUCUACACUGUCAAGACAUCUGCUGAGUUCCGGAAUUCCACUGAAAGUGAAAUGACACCUACAUUCACUGGAUUCAUUAUAUCUGAGGCCACAUCUCCAAGUUUUGAAAUUCUUAAUUACAAACUUGACUCCACUGCUCGUAUUGCAAUCCCAAAAAUGAGUCGUAUUGUCUUGGCAGAGAGUCUUAAGUUGAACCAUCAAGCUCUUGGAGUUGAACACCAGGCAUCUGUAACUCUCUAUGGCCUGUCAGCCCAGGCCCAAGCCAAAACUACCAUUAAGGUUACCACUUUACCUUACACUGCAGACUUUAGGAACACAGCCUUUAUUGCUGUAGGAGGAGGAAUGUCUGCCUCUCUUGAUACAACUUACACUCAUUUGGUGGACCUCCCUAUCAUCAACGUCAGAAGUGAGGCUAAAGGAAUACAGAAAGCAAUUGUUCGUCAAGAUGGCUACACCCUCACUGUAACAAUUGAUAAUUCAGGCAAUGCUGAUGAUGGCAACCACAAAAGCAACUUGCAUUUGUCACUCACACCCAGUUUUGUCACUUUAACUUUCACUGGUGACACAGACUCUACUAUCUUGAAGAUGAAACAGCAAGUUACUGCUGAAUCUGGCACCCUUAACUUCUUCAAGUUUCAAGUCCGCAAUGAGGCAGAGGCACCAUUUAUUAAGAACAGUCUUUUUGUAGCUUCUGGACAUGCCAGCCUUUCCAAUAUGAAGGUUGAAGUAAAAGCAAACCAUGACACAGAACUGAAUGGUGAAGUCAGUGGAGUCCUGUCCAAUGGAAUCAACAUUGUUGCCUGUCCUACUGAGUUUGUGUUUGAGUUCCAAAACAAAGGAAAUGCCAAGGUCAAUAUUUUAGAAACUCUGACUGCAAAGAUAGAUCUACAGAAUGAUUACUCAGCCAUCUUCAAACCUGACAGCCAGCAGAUGAACACUGUAGCUCUGGUUCGUCUAAACCAGUACAAAAUGUUCUACAACUUCACUGUUGACAAUAAUGAAAAUGAGGCUGGCAUCUUUGUUGCCAUGGAAAGUGAAGCCAAUCUUGACUUCCUGAAAUCUCCCAUCAACAUUCCUGAGAUUGACCUGCUAUUUGUUGACUUCCGUACUCCAGCUAUCAGUGAUCUUAACUUGUAUGAACAGGCUGGACUGAACAACAUUUUGACUACCACUGAGCAGACUGUGGAUGUCAAUGCCAAGUUUGUUUACAAGAAAAGUCAGGAUGCCCCCCUUGUUGAUAUGAUGGGUAUGAUCCAGAUUCCUUCUGUGGGUAAUUUGAUGACAGAAUUAUACUUUAAGUCUGCCAUCAUUAAUCUGAAUAUCAAUGCUGGACUGUAUGCUGAGGAUGAUCUGGUGUUCCGUCUGGGAGCUACCACAGCCUCUGUUUUUGAGGGUCUAAGAGCCAAACUUGAUGGCACCACCAGUCUAACCACCAAGAGAGGAAUCAAGUUGGCCAAUUCCCUGUCCCUUGAAAAUAUUCACAUUCAAGGCACUCAUGACAGCACCAUCACCAUGAGUGCUGAGACUUUUGAAACUGCUGUCUCUGUGGCUACUGUUGCAAAGAUUGCUGUUCCUAUACUCAGACUGGAGGCAAACCAAAAUCUGGUUGCAGACACCAAAACCAAACCAAAUGCUGUCUCAACCUUGACAAUGAAGAGCGAUUUCAAUAUCCCUGUGAUCAAAGCUGUUGGAAAGGCUGAUGCACACCACAGUGUGAAGCUGGAAGGAACCUUUGAAUAUGUCUCAGUGGAGUCAUCCACAAGGGCAAACAUGGAUGGCACAGUGCUUGAAGACUAUUUAGUUUUGGGAGUCCUGGAUAAUGAGAUGAAUCUGUAUCUGACUAACGAUGGUCUACGCUCCACCUCUAAAGUUCUUGCCGAUGCCAAGAUUAACUAUGGAACCACCAAAGUCUUUGGCAUGGAUGUAAAUGAGAAUCUUGCCGUUGAAGCUUCCCUAAGCCGUGUGUAUACAGUGUUGAAGUACACUGGGAACAAUGAGGCAAACUUAUUCGGUUUCAACACCAAUGGGAAACAUGUUGCUCAGGCUACAAUUGAUCUUGCACCAACCUCAUCUUUGACUGCUGAUAUUGAGAUUGAUAUCUCUCAGCCAAGCAGCCUGGGUGACUUUUCCAUCUUCGAGAAAACUGUUGCUGAAGUGAGCGCCACCAAACAGAAGUUGUCUGGCAAUUUAAAAUUUGUAAGCCCACUGUACACCACAAACCUGGCAGCUGUAGGAGAGGGAAACAUUCCUGUCUUCAAAAUCACCUUUAAAUCCUCUGCCACUUCUGUCAUUGAGCUCUUGGACUAUGACAUGGAUGUGUCUACAACUGCAAACUUUGAAAAUGAAGCUCUGAACAUGAUUAGCAAGGUGGCUCUGACACACGCCGACCUGACCAUGGAUGUCAACCAUGUCAUUAACCAAGCCCUCAGGAGAAAGCGCCAGGCUGACGACAGUUACUCUCGCCAUACUCUGAAUGUGGACAUCACCAGUCCUACCUUCACUGAUGUGAACCUUCGUUAUGCUGCUCGCAGAGAUAGCAUCAGUGCCUCAGUAUCAACCCCUACGACUGGCUUUCUUGGAUUUCAAUUUAAUAACCGAGUCCCAUCUCAGAUGAGUGCAAGAGUCUAUGGCCGUUAUCCUUCUGCCCCAGAAGUUGAUGUUGACGUAUUGGUCAUCAGAUCAUCCUCUAAGGAAGCUGAUAAGAUGAACCUGCAGAUAGCCUACAACAUGGAGGUACCUAAAGUAAUGUUGUCUGAACUGAAGACAAAACUGCCUUCCGUCAUAUCUACAUUCACAGUGUUUGCUGACAAGUACCAGAUCACAAGAAACAUGAAGGAGUUGAAGAACUAUGUUGUUAACCACAUCGACGAGGCCUAUAACACUGCGAUGAACUAUGACGUUCAACUGAGCCAGCUGUCAGUCUUCUUCAGGAACAUCAUUGUCCAAUACCAGAAGACUGUCCAGGUCUUCCUGGAUGCUGUCAUCAAGGUCUUGAGGGAGACCCAGUUCAAACUGCCUGGGUCUGAUGAGAUGACCACUCUCCCUGAGGUUCUUAAGAAGCUGACCACCAGCAUUGCUGCUAUGCUAGAUAUAACCAUCCAGAGAAUCUCUGACAACAUGGAGGUCUACUAUAACUUAUUUGUUGACAUGAUCAGCAGUGUGAAAUUACGCAUGCCGAUUGGUGAUGUAAUUGCUGGAAACCAAAUCUUGGAUCAAGUCAAAACAACUUUCAGGAUCAUUUUUGAUGAACUGGUGGACUUUGUGAAAAAUAUGGAGAGUCUUGACACAAUGCUAAUGAAGAUUGGUGAGACCCUGAAGGCUGUUGUUGAGAAAUCUCAGGAGUUUGUUGACUCAGUCAAGUCUGACUAUUUAGAUGCAGUGUUCGUCAACUUCAACGUCCUCUAUCGUAACUUUAUCACAGUCAUAAAGAAUGUUGUUGAUCAGAUCUCGACCUUAGAUAUUGAGCGUGUUAACAAUGCAUUUGAGUACAUUCUGGACAUGUUCAUUUAUGUAGUGGACCAGUUCAAUAACACUGUUCAUGGUUUCCUGCAGCAAGCUUCGGAGGAGGCUCAAGUGUACAUGAAAGUUAGUGAAGGAAAACUUGAAAUUGACAUUCCAUUUUCCUUCCAGCUGUAAGGAACCCUCACAGACCUACAGUCACAUGAAACACUACCAGCUGUUCAAAACACAUGCUCGGAAGGAGUAUGGACAAUUAGCUCCAUAACCAUAUUUAUAACAAUAAAACACAGAACAAAAAAAUGUUGCAGCAUUUUCAUAUGCUUGGUUUAAUGUGUACAAAUAUUGAAAAUGUAAUAUUUUACUGAAAAACAUCUUCCUGUAAAGAGUGAAAAUCAUCAAUAAAAUGCAUGCAAUCUAAUGUCUAAAUGUCAUAUUUCCUGCUCCAUGAUGUUUAUUCACAAUAAAAUUGAAAAAUAAAAACAACA